GGGGCGGGCCCAGACAAUCACUAUAAAAAGGACUUUUUUUUUCCGGACUUUAUAAAUUGUUGUUAUUUUUUCUUCUUACGUUUAUUCAAUGGCAGAAAUAGACCCUUUAUUGAACAGAACAAGAGUGAUAGAGACAUAUACAGUACAAGACGUGGAAGCUGAUCAGCCUUUUCUUGUCAUAAAAAAAGAAAAGAAACUUUAGAAUAUUUAGUUAUCAAGUCCAGCUUACCCUCCAUGAAUCCUGAGGAUAGAGACGAUAUUAAAUUUCCAAAAAACUUGGAGGACCUUCGAAAGUUGAAUGCCAUUUUAUCAGUCUAUAUGGAGCAACACUUGAUGCAGGUCUAUACCAUUUUCUUCAUAACUUAUAUAUACCUUCAAAGCUUUUCUAUACCUGGUUCUAUGUGGUUAUCUAUCUUGGGUGGCACUUUGUUUCCUUUCUGGCUUGCCUUAUUGACCGUAGCCACAUGCUCUGCUCUAGGUGCCAGUAUCGCUUAUAUUAUCUCGGGUAGUUUAGGCUCAGUCGCUAUCAUUCGAUUGUUAGGUGACCGAUUAUCCAAAUGGAACGAACAGUUAGUACAGCAUAAACAACACAUGCUCAAUUACAUGAUUGUCUUGAGAAUAUCUCCUUUACCACCCAACUGGACUGUCAAUCUAGGCUCACCUCAUUUGGGUGUGCCAUUCUGUAGUUUCUUUUGGGGCACUUUUCUCGGUGUCAUACCUCCUUCUUUUAUUCAUGUUCAAGCAGGUGCUGCUCUAGACCGGUUAUCGUCUACUGACAAACUACUUACGCCUGUGAAUAUCACGUGUUUAAUGGCAGUAGCGAUGGUGGCACUUGUACCUGUCUUUGUUCGUCGACGAUUUCAAAAAUAAUAAUAAUAAUAAUAAUAAUAAAAACAACGUCA